CGCCCCGGCUGUCAGUCCCGGCUGAGGCCGCCUCGAGACCUUCCAGGAGACGCGCACCCCCGCACCCCCGCGCCCCGCACACCCUCGCUCGACCACACACACGCACACGCUCAGCCUGGCCGCGCGGGAGCCACUGAGCAGCCGGAGAGCACCGGGACCGGCUGCGGGCGGAGGACUGAGCCGCGUUCCCACUGGGGCUUUCGCCGGGGCGACCGCAGCGAGCCGCCGGGGUGGGCUCGGACACCUCAAGGAGCGCGGCGGGGGUCGGGCCACCGGGCUGGCUGAGCCGAGCCCUGCGACCCGCGGGGGCCUCGGCAGGGAGUGCAAUAAAGAGCAGCGGCCGCAGCGAGCAGGACUGGAACUCCCCUGGUUCCAGCGCCGCCGUGACACACGGGUGGAAAUCCUGAUGGAGGGAUCGCUGACUUCCUUUGCUUGGGAAAAUCGUCAGGAGCAACUCCGAUUUGGCUCCUGGGAGCAGCGGAGGGGGGUCCAUGACGUGGCAGUGGGAAAAUAGACAACCGAAACCUCCCGCGUGAACUGCAAACUAUAACCCAGGGAGGGGGAAGGACUGCUCGCUUCAUUUUAAUUUCACGCAAGAGGUUCUGGGCGGUAAACUUAUUUCCAUGUCUGUACCCACUUCAGCAGAACCCAGAGGGUCCUGUCUUGGGGACACCACCAUCAUCCCGAAGAGCCCCAGCCAGCGGCCUGCUUUCCUGCUCCCACAUUCCCGGGACCGGACUCCUGUUUGGGGUACUCCAUCUAGCCUAUAGAACUGUGGUCAGGUGUCUGUGAAUACUGGGCCAAUUUCUGAAACCUAACUCUGACAACCUACCUGCGAUCUGGAAUUUAGCCCAAUGCAUCUGAAGAAAUGGCAUGUUGAGUCUUUUUUUUUUUGGGAUACCUUGGUUUUCUUUUAAAUUCCUGUAAAACGGGAAUCUGAUAGGCUGACCAACAUGACAGGUAAGAACUUUCUGUCUCUCUAGUCCUGUCACAGAGAAGGCCAAGGCUGAGCUGGACCCAGCAAGAAGAAUCCAGGGACCCGUGUGCCCUUCGAGCUCGCCUACUGAGGGCUGCUUUCGCUAGAGGCGCAGGGCUGGCUCCUGGACCAUCCACUGGGGAAGCUUCUGGGGCGCGCGCCAGGAGACUGCCUUGUGCUCCACCUGCCCUGCCCUGGACACAGCCCCGGGGCGAGGCAUCGAGAGACAACCUCAAGUUAAUAUUGGGAUUUUUAAUAAACCGAGAAAUGGGAUUUUAAUUAUUCAGAAACCCAGCUCCUCUGGGCCAGCUGCUGUUGGGAUGGUGCUGGUCACACAGCAUUAAACGGACCGACCGUUAAGAGCACGAGAAAAGCGUCCGAGACAGCCUUUGCAAUUACCAACGAACCAGACUUGGUAGCACAGGGCAUUGAUUGCUGGUGCCCAUCCGGACCCUCCUCCUCUCUCCCUGGUCCUCCCCCCCACCCCAACGGAGGCAGGCUCCCGAGGCUCGGCCAGGACCUCGCGUCCUUGCAUCGUGGCCCGGGCUGCAUAUUUCAUGAGCCCUGGGUGAACAGGUGCGAAGUGCGCUGGGAGCAUCCGGCCCACGGCAGCGCGGGGGGGAACAUGGAGAGCGAGCGCGACAUGUACCGCCAGUUCCAGGACUGGUGCCUUAGGACUUACGGGGACUCAGGCAAGACCAAGACGGUGACCCGUAAGAAAUACGAGCGGAUCGUCCAGCUCCUCAACGGCUCCGAGUCAAGCUCUACCGACAAUGCCAAAUUUAAAUUCUGGGUCAAAUCGAAGGGUUUCCAGCUGGGCCAGCCGGAUGAGGUCCGCGGGGGAGGCGGCGGCGCCAAGCAAGUGCUCUUCGUGCGGGUCAAGACCACGGAUGGCGUCGGAGUUGAUGAGAAGCUGUCUUUAAGGCGAGUGGCUGUGGUUGAAGAUUUCUUUGACAUCAUCUACUCCAUGCACGUGGAAACAGGGCCGAAUGGAGAACAAAUUCGGAAACACGCUGGACAGAAGAGAACUUACAAAGCAUCUGGAUCCAUUUUUUUUUCAGAUACAGAAAAAUGUGUGAAAUGCUCAAAGUUUCAAAUACAGAUUUCAGAGAGCUACGCCUUCCUCCCAAGAGAAGCAGUGACACGGUUUCUAAUGAGCUGCUCCGAGUGUCAGAAAAGAAUGCACUUGAACCCAGAUGGAACCGAUCACAAAGAUAAUGGAAAGCCUCCAACACUGGUGACCAGCAUGAUUGACUACAACAUGCCAAUCACCAUGGCGUACAUGAAGCACAUGAAACUGCAGCUGCUAAACUCACAGCAAGAUGAGGAUGAAAGUUCAAUAGAAAGUGAUGAAUUUGAUAUGAGUGAUUCAACACGGAUGUCAGCCGUGAACUCUGACCUUAGUUCGAAUCUGGAAGAAAGAAUGCAAAGUCCCCAGACUCUCCAUGGCCAGCAAGAUGAUGACUCUGCUGCAGAGAGCUUUAAUGGCAAUGAGACUCUGGGGCACAGCUCAGUUGCUUCAGGGGGAGCUCAUGUCAGGGAGCCUGGGGACUCCAGCAGUGAUGGCAAAACUGGGCUGGAGCAGGAGGAACAGCCACUGAAUCUGAGCGACAGCCCCCUCUCUGCGCAGCUGACUUCAGAAUACAGGAUAGAUGAGCAAGGCAGUAAUGGGAAAAGCAAGUUUAAGAACCUUCUAAUCUCUGACCUCAAGAUGGAAGGAGAAGCAAGAGAAAACGGAAGCAAGUCCCCAGCACACAGCUACUCCAGCUAUGAUUCUGGCAAGAAUGAAAGUGUUGACCGGGGUGCAGAGGAUCUGUCACUCAACAGGGGAGAUGAGGAUGAAGAUGACCAUGAUGAACAUGAGGAUUCUGAGAAGGUGAACGAGACAGAUGGCGUGGAAGCUGAGAGGCUGAAAGCUUUCAAUUCUCGACCUAUUCCUUCCCACCUUACUUCAGCAGUUGCAGAGAGUAUCUUGGCUUCAGCCUGUGAAAGCGAGAGUAGAAAUGCUGCCAAGAGGAUGCGUCUGGAUAAACCCCAGGACGAAACGACUCCUGCUGACAAACAGUGCAAGCCUGAGGCAGCCCAGGCCACCUACUCAACAUCUACUGUUCCAGGCUCACAGGAGGUAUUGUACAUCAAUGGCAAUGGGACCUACAGUUACCAUAGUUACCGAGGGCUAGGAGGAGGACUGCUAAACCUGAAUGACACAUCUAGUAGUGGACCCACGGAUCUCAGCAUGAAGAGGCAGCUGGCAACUGGCUCAGGAUCCUCCAGCAGUUCAAACUCCAGACCUCAGCUGAGUCCAACAGAAAUCAACGCUGUGAGACAGCUUGUCGCAGGAUACCGAGAAUCGGCUGCAUUUUUAUUGCGUUCUGCAGAUGAACUGGAAAAUCUCAUUUUACAACAGAACUGAGGCAAACGAUGUCCAUAGUCACUGAGUUCUGAAUUUGCAGUUUCCACUAAUGACAGUUGAUUUCCCAGCAGAGAUACUCCUGGUCUUGCUGCACAGUCUUCUAAGAGAAAUACUUCCAUCAUGCCACGUCGUCCUUGAUCUAUACACUGGUGUGUUCAGGAACUUCAAAGGAACUCUGACCUUGAAGUACUUGAGAUGCUUAAUGUGCCCAGCCUGUUGCUUUCUGUUUUAGUGUGUCAACAUAAAUAUCACAAGCAAUUUUUAAAAGGCUGCAUAUUCUUAAUUCAAGGAUAAAAAUGAAGCUUGGGGUAUAUAAAAUAUAGCUCAAGAUCCAACUGAAAUAUUAGUGGAACUUUCUACUGACUCACUGGACUGAAAGCUGAAGUAUCUGAAAAAAAAA